GCUGCGGUGGUAACACAACAAGACAGACAGACUUGAAGUCAACCCGAACACCACAGAUCCCUCCAGCUGCGAAAAACUCACCCUUGUCAUUCUUUAUCCCGAUCUGAACAGACUGGUGACGAGCGGACGACCUGUUGAAGACUUCAAAGCAAAACCGUUUCUGACAUGCACUUUGAUAAAUCGCCAAAGGAGAAGCCGUGUUGCACUCUGCCCACAGUGAAGAAACUCUUGGAGCAGAAGAGAAGGCGUGAGACAUCCUCGGUGCCACCCUCCUCCUCCACAGCCAGCACCAGUCCUGUUCCUCCAACCGCUGUUACACAGUUGCCAGAACCAUCAUCAGAACCGUUUACCUGCACAGGUGCAUCAAGCAGCUACUCAAACAUGGCAGUGGGCUAUGAGCAGUGGUCCUCGGUACCAGAAUCUGCACUUAGUUACUACCCCAGCCAACCAGGACCCAGCUAUGCUGCACCCUUCAGCCACCCAAUGGCCUCGGAAUACAGCACACAGCAGCAGGUCCAGACCUUUGGAGAUACAAUGUCUCAGGCAUAUGAAUGCCCGAUGCCAGUCGCAGAUCAAAGUAUGGCUACGUCUUGGUCACUUCUGGGUCCCAGUCAGACCACACAGCUGAGUUUUGGUUCGUCGCUGGAUGCCAACAAGCUGGAAGAAGCCAGGAUGAUGCUCAGAGGGAUGGACUACAGCAGAGCCACCGGGCAGGAUGAAGAUGGAGACACCAUCCUGCACAUCUACACUGCCAAAGGGCUCAGGGAGUGUGCCUUUGCUGCGGCAGAGAGGCUGAGGGAUUUAGGGAGGCUCGAUGCCAAAGAACACAAGGGCAAGACUGCCUUACUGGUGGCAGUGACAGCAAACCAGCCGGAGAUUGUGCAAGAUCUGCUGUCAUUUGGAACAGACAUCAAUGCUUGUGAUGUUAAAGGACAAACUGCCCUUCAUCUGGCUGCCCACUAUGGCUUCCCCGGUGUUCUGCAGGCUAUUCUGUCUAGCAGACCUGCUGUCAACCUUGAGGCCCGCAAUUUUGAGGGUAUGACGCCUCUGCACUGUGCAGCCAUUUCUCACAGUGUCACCAUGAAGGCUUUAUUUACCAGCGGGCUGCCAGAUGUUAACCUUCAGACCAAGGCUGCGGAGAAGCUCAACUGUGUGCAGAUGCUUCUCACUGCAGGGGCGUCUCUGCUCAGCCAGGAAAUCAAAAGUAACAAGACAUUGCUGCACUUGGCUGUAAAGGAGGGGAACAUUGAUCUGGUCCGUUAUCUGCUCAGGAUUCCCCUGCCUAACAUGAAAGACUUUGUCAACAUGAAAGCUCACGGUCACACAGCUUUACACAUGGCAGCUGGUCUCCAUGGUAACCCCCAUCAGGAGGAAAUCCUGCGGCUGCUGCUGGGCAGAGGAGCUGAUCCCAGUAUCCGCAACCUGGAGAACGACCAGCCAGCACACCUCCUGCAGAGUGGCCCCCAGGGAGAGCAGCUCAAGCUUAUGCUGAAGAAGCGAAACGCUUCAUCUCGUCGACGUAUUGUGCCCUUGCAGGACCAGGAAUAAUUAAAAUCACUUGUAAUCCCCAUUUGGAGGGAAUGAGUCCCAAACAUGUUUCCUCUGUUGAGAAGGGGAUUUACUGUUUAUUGUAUUGAGGUUUUAGGGAGUCUAUGGCCUAUAUAUUGUUAAUAUAUUAAUCUCUAUAGGUAAUUCACAUUGGAUUAGACAAAUGAUGUUUUUAACGUAUACUGUAUGUUAAAUUACUUGUGAUUUAGUGUCUGUAAAAAUGUAGUGCUUUAUUUAUUUUUCUACACACAGGGCGAAGUAUUGAUUAUAGUAUUCAUGUUGGUGACACAUUUCAUUCCAAAAUGUGAUAUCCAUCAUUGAGCCUUUCACACAAAAUGCACAUGCUAUUGGUAAUAUACUGGCAUGUAUUUAAAAUGUUGACUAAUUGAUAUCAAAAGGCAUCUAUUUAUACAUUAAUUUUUGUCAAAAUGGAUAUUUAACAUUUUGAAAUGAAGGCCUUUAAAUGAACAGGUCUCAGGUCAUUCAUUAUCUUCAAUUCAAAAAGUAGACUGUGCUGUGGUAGGUGGACUAUCACUCGUUUUCCUAAUAGGCUACACUCCCAGUUUUAUGUUGAUUUCUGUGAAAUCGUUAUUAUGACCUCCAGGACCAUGUCCCUGAAACCCUUCUUACUGUCUUGUCAAAAUCCCCAUCAUGAUAAGUGAUCACAUUGAUACACAGAGUUGGUCUUGACUUCAAUCAGCAUGUGUUCUUAUAUUAAGAAUACAUAUGGUGAAAAUGAGAGUGCUCUAUCAUAUAACUUAACUUUCUUUCUGUAUGCAUCAUACAUCGUAUGUAACAAACAGGUACAAUUUUCUUUGUGGAAAAAGAAACUUUACUGUGUAAAACUGGUAUAUAUUUGAAACUGAUUCUGACCAAAGAAUGUUCUUAUCACAGACACAUUACAUGAGUAAGUGCGGUGACAAAUCGUAUGACAAACUGUACAUUUUAGUCAUGAGUCAUGAAUAAAAGUACAAUAACACUGAUUUUAAAGUUCCAUCUGAUUGUUUUGAUGUUCAGUCCCAUUGACAUCUGGCUACCGAAAUGAGCAGGAUGGAAAAUACACCAUCCCACUAGAAAGUAGUUGUGUCUAUGGCAGUUAUUUAACAGUCACACUUAAGGAAUAUUUAUUCUUCAAGCCCCAUUUCCGUUGACCUUUACAUUGAUGACAAUGAACCUUAGUCACAGGUGAAAUGAGACGUGGUUUUGAUCGCAAUUUGAGUGAUAAAUGAGGGUUGAGCUGUCUUUGAUGUAUGUGUCAUCUCUUGUAUUACACAUGUUGUAAAUUCCUGUGAAGCACAAAGAACAAUCUAAAGUAAACAAUAUUCUAUUUUCUCAUUGAAAUGCUUCUCAUCAAAUUGAUUUUAACACCUAAGAAUAACAACAAUAGUUCCUAAUUCACAUAUAAGCAAAAACACUGAUAAAAUCUUGUUGAGUAGACAGGACCUUUAUUUGAAACAGUGGUCUCAUUGUUUGAGUUUUACAAGUAAUAACGCAAUUUUAGUACAUUUGCGUCAUCUGAAAACAAAAGAAAGUUGUUACUAAUAAAACCCCAAACCAACACUUAUGCAUUUUAUCCAUUGUUAUGUAUUUCACAUUUUCAAAAUGUUACACAUUGCUACAGAACUUUGUCUUUUCAUUUCCAUCAAUGUGUUGUGCUAGCUAAUUCAUGUUAGCCUAUGGUUUAAUUUAUAUAACAUUUUCAGCAUCUAUUGGUUUCUUUGUUAUGUUGUCAUGCUAUUUCUUCAAGCUUUGUUGAAAGUCCCACUCUAAUUAAUGUAAGAAAAAAAGAGAAAUAAAGGCAAAACACAAUUAUUACAAUUGAUGAAUGCAUGCAGUUUUUUGUUGGGACCUGAAGAUUUUGUUAGUCCAUUAGUACAAAAUGUGCAGCUCUAUUAUUAUGUAAUCAUGCUCUUAACUUGAUUGUUUUUCAAGAGUAAAAUUUGAGGAAUGGACACACAAACUGCUUAACAUAUCUUUAUUAAAUCAAGUCUAAUGAUUGGGAGUGUUUUUGUGUCUUAGACAAGGUUUCACUUUGAGAAAUCAGCCCUUACACUACAUAAAAAUACUGAGCAAUCUUUAAUACUGAGCUAAUAUUUAGUGCACUUAAGAUUUUCAAAUAAAUUCAGUGGAACCUCAAAUGAAAACAGCUUAAGUUGUUGGGGAACCCUGUUUAUUGAUCAUCCAGCUGGCAGAGGUAUAUUAGCCAAAACAGGAAUGGC